AGGAGCCUCAGCCCAAAGCCCAUCACGAGUUGGGUUUCCCCGAGGCCCACCACUCGACUCCAGGAGCUGCAUCCGGGCUCCGGCCACCGCACCGCCACCAGCAGCCAAGGCGAUCCAAUCCGACCACGAGCGGCAGCAUGCGCGGCGGCGGCCGGAAUAGCAACAGCGGUGGCAGUUACCGGAACCCUUGUCUGACGAUGCACCAGCCGUGGGCGUCGCUACUGGUGCACGGCAUCAAGCGCGUCGAGGGCCGCUCCUGGCCAUCCCCAAUCACAGGCCGCCUAUGGAUUCACGCGGCAUCCAAGGUUCCGGAUCCCGACACCAUCAAAGCCAUGGAGGAUUUCUACAGGGAGAUUUAUGCCGUCAACGGGAUCACUGACAUCAAAUUUCCCGACCAUUACCCCGUCUCACGCCUCCUUGGCUGUGUUGAAGUGGUAGGCUGCGUUAGGUCUGAAGAGCUUGUUUGCUGGGAAGAUGUGCCUGAGUCUGUCAGGCUUGAAGGACUCACUGACUUUUGUUGGCUUUGUGAAAAUCCACAGAAGUUGGUGGUUCCGUUCGAGAUGAGGGGUUAUCAGGGUGUUUACAAUUUAGAGAGAAGGAUCUAUGAUGGGGCUGUGAGAGGUCUUUCACCCGUUCAAGGUCCACUACCUGUCAAGUUCCCUCUUCCGGAUCCAACAGAUCCUUUCUCCUUGAAGCCAGGAUCUCUUACGUUUGAUUCUUCCAAAUCCGCGGUACGAAAAACCCCAAGUGUUACAGAAGCAAUAGCCGGGGCUCGAGCUGCAGCUAGUCAGUUUUCAAGGAAGGACCAUAAUGCCACUACUAAACGUGAAACUGGUAUGCGAGAACAAUCUUGGGGAAACCGUGCGGAUAGCAGUUCAGGUAAUGGCAACCUGUCAUCCAUUGUCCAGGGCAGUCCAGCCUAUUUGCAAAACCAGAACCAGCCUUCCAUUUCCGGGAGCGCUCCAGGCUACUCGCAGAACCCAAACCCCGGACCUCGGAGAAGUCCCAGACUACAAAAUGGAGCUUCCGUUAGGCUUGUUACAGUGGCACUCAAGGAACUGAAGCAAUUAAGCGUCAGUGAGAGAGCAGGGCAAUCAGUUCCCAGAAGCUGAUCCAGAGAAAUCCCUGAUCAUUCAUCAUCUGCGUGCAAGCUUAUUAGAAUUAGCUCCUUUGUAUCAUACCAUUCGGCUGUAUGUUUCUGAUAAGAUUGAUGUUAGAAUGAAUGGCACCUUAACUGUAAUAACUUGGAAAGAGUAGCUGAUGAAUUGUCUUGUGUUCGGUAUUAGGAUGUACAUGUCAGCAGCAACUCUGAAGAUGUACGCGUGUCUGACGAAACUGAAGAAGGAGCCUUGAAGCCUA